AAAGCUUUCUACUUUGAUGUCAAUAGCUUAGAUAGCAGCGGUUGUUACAAUGAAACAUCAUCAUAAUAAUUAAUAAUAGAGUAAGUAGUGGAGUUGUUGUUCGAAACAGGGUUAAUUUAACAUUUUGCCCUUGUAGUACGCCCUCCAGUGCACUACGGGGCGUAAGGCGCCCUUGUAAGCCAUUAAUCUUCUCCUGCUGCAGUGUCGGCGAAGAAGAAGGUUGAGCAGUAGAAGCACAUUUUGUACAAGUUGGUUGCCCAAAACCGAUUUUAAAAACCAAAUAUUAUUAAGAAGAGAUGCAGCGGCAGAGCGAGGACGAAGUUUUGCCGUCGGACGUCCGGAAAGUGAUCGUGGGUGAAGACGAGCCGGGCCGCAUCAAAGAAGAAGAGGAGGAGGAGGAGGCGGACCGAGGCGAGAGCGUCGACGCUCGGGACGAGCGCCGCGGCAGGCGAGCGCGUCGACGUUCGCGACCGGGACGACGUAGAGCGGCGCUCACGACUGCCGUCUGCUUACGGCGCAGCGCGAGCCAAGGAUGCGUCCACCACCUGCUCCCAGUGCGGAAAGAGCUUCUAUUCCAAGUCCAACCUGAAUCUGCACAAGAAGAUCCACACGGGCGAGAAGCCCUUCAGCUGCUCGCUGUGCGGCAAGAGAUUCUCGCGCAAAGAGAACAUGAGCCGCCACGUGAGCACGCACAGCGGCCUGAAGCCGUUCCGUUGCGCCGCGUGCGGCUCGGCCUUCACGCAGCACGACAGCCUGGUGCGCCACGCCGCCACGCACCGGCGAGCCAAGUCCUUCGUGUGCGCCGUGUGCGCCAAGGCCUUCCACGACCGCUACCACCUGAGCCGCCACAUGGAGGUGCACAGCGCAGUGAAACCCUUCGGCUGCCCGCUGUGCGUCAGAACCUUCCGGCGGCGCUCGGCCGUGGACGCGCACCUGCGCACGCACACGGGGGAAAAACCCUUCCGCUGCUCCAGCUGCGACGCCGCCUUCACGCGCCACCAGGCUCUGCUGCAGCACGCCAAGAAGCACUCGGGCAUCAAGCCCUUCGCCUGCCCGGCCUGCUGGCGCCGCUUCACGCUGCGCCACACGCUGGAGCAGCACGUUAGGACGCACACGCGUGACAAAUCCUUCCGCUGCGCCCUGUGCGCCAAGAGCUUCUCGCGCAAGGGCGGCCUGACCACGCACAUGGUCACCCACACGGGCGCGAAGCCCUUCCGCUGCAUCGUUUGCCACGCCACCUUCUCCUGGAGCUCUCAGCUCAAAAGACACAAGUGCGCCGUUGCCGGCGCGUGCCAGGACGCUUAACGCGUGGCGCGUGCAAACACUGGGACUGCGUAGGGAAUCGCGCCCAUGUACUCGAGUCAGUUGGCCAUUUUGUAGUGGCUUCACAUUGAAUAGCGCCCUAAUGUAUUCCAUAAUUGUGUAUGACCAUGAACAACAAUGGUCAUGAGAAAAUAAUGAUCGUAAUCUCUUCAUGCAUCGCACCAAACCAGAAAAAGGAUUUCUAUCGUUUGAUUUUGGGCAGGGGCCAUAUUUGUAAGGUGUGGGGCCAACAUGUCUUUAAAGAGCUGCAAAGUCAAUUCAAAGAUUUGUUUGGAAACGCCUUCAGCAUGUUUGCAGAUAAUUGUGCAAAACGUGCAAAGGGCAGUAUGACGCAAGCAUAGCGGCGCGUCACUGUGCGACGUGGCCACGCUGAUGAUCUAUCUGCAAGUUGCAAGACAACGCACGUGAAAAAUGGGGCUCGUGUGGCCGCGGAGGAAUAAGAGGAAAGUGGACCGUCAUGUACCCAAGCAGAGGAGGGUUUUGUCUCGAGGCUUCUUCAUUUUACUUUGAACAAAUUGACGUUUCCAAACAAUGGCUUAUGUCAGCUGGUCUAAGCUCUUGCAUAAAUACACAGCCAUGAACCUAAUGUAUUGUCACAAAAUGUUAAAGUACGUGCUGCUUCAGAUGUACAAAGGCUGUUAAUGGUUUAUUCCAAAAAGAAAAAGCAAAAAAGCACAAUGUGAAAUGAAGAACUAAAAACUGAUUAUAUAGAAAAAGGAAACCUAGUCGUCGUAUGGUGUUAAGUGAAAGGUCUUAUUUUCUCUUUUGUAUUCCAAAUUGUUCUUUAACCAAGCAAAAAAUAGAGUGGACCCAAAUAAUUGAUAGAAUUUCUCGGGUACUAAAAUAUUCAUUAUAUUGUUGUCUUUUGAUUGUUUCCUAAAAUCUUUGCUUUGGGUCCCUGUGCGAUGAAGCUCCAAACAAUUGCUCCUCAAAUGAAGAAAUGAUUAGCAAAACUGAUCCAAGUCCGAUUCUCAAUUCUCAUACCACAG